UCGUCUUUUUUCUCGUUUUUUUUUUUUUUUGAAUUUUCAAUACGUACUGUUUCUGACAUUUUUAACCAUUGAACACUUUUUUCUUACCUUAAUAACAAUAUUACCGAUCGCUUUGAAAUGGAGUGUAAUUAAACUAUAAUAGGCACUUUGACCGGAAUACCUAAAUUGCAAAUUAUUCAUCAAUUCAGCGUCAGAUUAACUGGCCGUUGACAGAGACCACGACAAACCGGAGGGAAAGGAGCGAGAGACAAUCUAUAAACGGAUUUGAUUUUAAUAAAUCCGCAAACAUUUUAAACGUUUGAAAAAAAGAAGGAAUCACAUACGUUACACACUGUGCUGCGGGUAAAGGUGUUAGAAUCACAAUGGAUUACAGUUUAACAGAGCGACAAAUAAAUUUGCCCAUGGGAAAUAUAACCAAUGAACAGAAUGGCAUUAAUGGCAAUGGCAAUGGAUACACAAAUCAUUUCGAACUCUCGAACGGAUUAUGCAUGUCUAAUCGUGAUCCAAUCGACUUACAAUUCAAAAAUAUUACUUACACCGUUAACUUAGGUUUUUAUAAAGGCUCCAAAGAAAUUUUACACAAAGUCAAUGGCAAAUUUCCAUCUGGUCAAUUGACGGCGAUAAUGGGACCGUCGGGCGCUGGUAAAUCUACAUUGUUGGAUGUUUUAUCGGGUUAUCGAAUAACCGGUGUCAAUGGAGAAGUCUAUACAAAUGGUCGAAUGCGAAAUUUGAAUGAAUUUCGUCGAGUAUCGUGUUAUAUAACACAAGAAGAUCGAAUACAAACACUGCUUACUGUAUUGGAAAACAUGCAAAUAGCCGCUGAUUUUAAAUUAGGAAACACAUUCAAAGACCAUGAAAAAGCUGCACGGAUUGAGGAAAUUUUAACGUUGCUCGGUUUGUACGAGCAUCAAAAUACGAUUUCAAAGCGGCUGUCUGGGGGACAAAAGAAACGGCUCUCAAUUGCAUUGGAACUGAUCAAUAAUCCAACUGUAAUGUUUUUGGAUGAACCGACAACAGGGUUGGACAGUCAUUCCUGUUACCAAGUUGUGAGCCUAUUGAAGCAGUUAGCGGCCCAAGGUCGAACCAUUAUUUGCACAAUUCAUCAGCCUUCGGCCCGUUUAUUUCAACAAUUUGAACAAGUAUAUAUACUUGCGAUGGGCGAAUGUCUAUAUCAAGGUGGCACGGAAAAAAUUGUACCUUAUUUACAAUCGGUGAAUUUACCAUGUCCGAUGUAUCACAAUCCAGCCGAUUACAUUGUUGAACUGGCAUGUGGUGAAUAUGGCAUGGAUAAAAUUAAAACAAUGGUCGUUAGCAUGGACAAUGGCGAAUGCAUUGAUUGGUUUACAAAUCCGGAAAAAGUUUACAAAUUGGAAACGUUACGACAAAAAUAUCCAAUCAAACAAACGUCGAAAGACAAUAGUUCACUCGAAGCUGUCAAUUCGUUUCGUCAACUGCAAAUUCUAAUGCGACGCGGUUGGAUCAAAACAAAACGAGACGCCACCUUAACUCAUUUGAGAAUUGCGGUUAACAUUUCGGUGGCUCUUAUGUUGGGUGUUUUGUACAUAGGCUCGGGAAAUGAGGGUGCACGCGUUAUCGAUAAUUUCAAAUUAUUAUUCGCAAUUUUAUUGCAUUGUUCGAUGGCCACAAUGAUGCUCACAGUCCUAACAUUUCCAACUGAAAUGGGUAUAUUGCUGAAAGAGCAUUUUAAUCGAUGGUAUUCGUUGAAAUCAUACUAUCUAUCGGUGACUUUGCUCGAUCUUCCAAUAUCGUUGUUUGGUACGUCCAUUUUUACAAUUUUAAUUUACACCAUAACGAGCCAACCAUACGAAUUGUGCCGAUUUGCAAUGUUUCUUGCUAUAAGUAUUAUAGUUACGAUUGUCGGUCAAAGUAUCGGUCUUAUGGUCGGUUCAUGGUUCAAUGUAGUGAAUGGCACAUUUUUGGCGCCAACAAUCACCAUUCCAAUGAUGAUGUUUGCCGGUUUCGGUGUCACAUUGAAAGAUUUGCCCAGCUACAUGAAAUGGGGAAGUCAUAUAUCUUUCAUGCGAUACGGUAUGGAAGGAUUUGUUAAUGCAAUUUAUGGUGAAAAUCGAAAAAAACUCGAAUGUACUCAUCCGAUGGGCUGUUUUUACAAAGAUCCAAAACUAUUGUUGAGAGAUAUUUCAAUGCCUGGUGAUACAUUUUGGCAAUGUUUAAAUGCAUUGAUCUUUACGCUUAUUCUAUUACGUUUGGGCGCUUAUUUCAUUCUUCGAUGGAAAGUGGUGGCUGUUCGAUAAUCUUCAUACUAAAAUACAAAUCUAAUAUACUCACAGGAAUGACUUAGAUUAUUUGUUUUGUUUUAAGAAUUUAAGAUAUAUGAGAGAAGAGAGAAAUUACCACAAAAACUAUUCCGCCAAAUUGCAAGAAUAAAAAAAAAAUCUGUUUAUAAAAUUGUAUUUAUAAAAUAUUGGUAUGCCCGAAAUGUGAGAAAAGCCAAAAUAAUUCUAGUGAUUUUUAUGCAACAUUUAAUAAAUAAAUAAAAAAAAAAACAAAUUACUUUAUAAGCUCUAAA